CGGUUGCGUUCUUCCGAGCUCCGGCGGACAUGACGAGAGUGUAGCCCCCAAGGAUAUUUUGUGAUAGUGUGGAAUUUCGAAUAUAAAUAUAUAGUGUCCCAGAGGUGAAGUGGUACAGAUCGAAAUUCAACGAUGCGGUUAGAAGGCGCUAAGUGGGCGCUACUGGUGUGCCUCGGUCUCUCGGUUAGGUGUGUCCAAAUCGAUGCUUACUCCCAGGUAUUAGUUAGUGGUAAUGGAGCGGAGACGGGGCAAGGUCCUCGGAUUUUUAAGGCUCUUAAUACGGAUUUGAUAUUCCCAAAAACCUUCAACUCCAGCGAUAAUGUUGUGUCCACCACUGUGGCUCCUGCGGCGACGUCCCUGCCACCGAUUCCAUACAACCAUCAACCCGAGGCGGUUGCAGGAACAACCAACUCACCUGUAUUUGUGACUCCUUUGGUUGCUGCAGAGGCAGCAAAGGAAAGUGAACCUGCUCCUGAUUCUGCCACUGCUCCCGAGAACCAGCCGGAACCAAUUGUGGAAGGUGCUUCCACGGGGCGUGCAGUGGACUACCGGACAGCGUAUCCCUUUGGUCAGCUAAUUACUCCCUUGCUGAGGGCAGGCAAGCCACAGAAGUACAACUCGCGACCUUCACAGACCCGUAUUUAUCCGCAAGGUAGUCGUCCUUCGUAUUACUCCUCCUCAUCUUCAUCACGAAAUCCAUCUCGUUAUCAGGCUUCGAGGCCCAGCUAUAAUAAAGGAUUCAGCGAUCGCUUCACCCCCGGAGAAGGAACCGCCGCUAAUCUGUUCAAGGGCCACAACCACAAUCACAAUCAUGAUCAUUCCCAUGGACAGGAUGGCAAGGUGGCCUCCGGAUCCAACUCCGUUAACACCUAUGUCGCGCCGAGUGACGCCUAUUCAUUUCCGCCCCUAAAUACGAAGUACCCAUCGCCUUCGAAAGAUCCAAAGGCAGCUCUGCCCUCAGAUACUGUCACAAGUUACCUACCACCUGCUUCUGGAGGAUUGAGCAAUGCUGGGUACUCCUAUCCUGGACCUUCAUUCUCUGGCUACAAGUACCCGGGUCCAGUGGCGGCAGGUAAUGGCGACAAGGAUACGGCUGCCAGUUCCCCAAGUGCAUCGCCUCCAGCGGACGAUGAUCCCGGCAACGAUGAUACGAUCGGAGUUCUGCCCGCCAGUGCCAUGGACAAUGUUCCAAUUAAGGAUAUGGACGGCAAGGAUGCUGGGGGUGGUUCAGCCGCUGCAGAUGACGGAGAUAUGAGCGCGCCCGCAGGUGCAGGAGCAGAUGCUGGUGGCAGUGACGGAGAUGACGGCGUCGCUGGAACUCUGCCAGCGCUCCACAACGACGGCUCACAUGGGGACGACAACAAGUACGACCCCAACAUGGAGUAUGCCACACCGCCGCCUGGCUGGCUGGAAUCUCAUCCAGAGUCAGCGGCUCCCAAGCCGGAGGACCACGAUCACGAUCAUGACCACGACCACGUACCGGAACACGUGCACGAUCAUCACCACGAUCAUUAUCCAGGUCACUUUGAUUAUCAGCCGUCGUAUCCGGAUGACUCCUACCCAGAUGUGAUUUACGAUGAUCAUCCGCAUCAUCACCACCACGUUCACCAUCCGCCGCCUCCCCCACCUCCGCCACCGCCGCCACCACCUCCUCCGCCACCAACUGAACCACCCCCACCUCCACCGCCACCGCCAGAGCCGCGUGUGAAGAAGUACAGCUACUUUUACAUCGGCCGCAAGCUCUGGUACAUUCCUCUUUACUUCACCGUGUGGUUCAGCUUCUACAUUCUGUGGCUGAUCAUCAAGUCCAUCGGCCGGCACAAGGUGAACCUGCCGAAUCACUAUGUCUCGCGACGCAGUGCGCCGGAUCCGUUCAGCGAGCAGGGACGGGACGAAUACAUUAACGAGAUGACCGUGAAGGUGCUGGAACACAUCGAUAGCUUUAGGCAGAAAUACUUGAACUGAUGAGGACGCUAAUCUUAAU